AUGGUGACGUGGCCGCAGUACGUCGACCAGUUCUACAACGAGAAGCUGGUCGUGGAGGUGCUCGGAGUGGGCGUGGGCGUCGGCGCCGAGGAGUACGCGCCAAGCGUGGAGACCCACCGGGUGAUCGCCGGCGAGGCGAUCGCGGAAUCCAUCCGGAAAGUGAUGGGGGAGGAGGGCGACGGCGCCGCCAUGCGGAAGAAGGCAAAGGAGCUCGGCGUGAUGGCGAGGGGCGCGGUAGAGAAGGGCGGGUCGUCGUACGACGACGUCGGGCAGCUCAUGGAGGAGUUGAUCGCCCGUCAGUCAGUGGGAUGGCGGAUCAGACUGGACUAG